UAGAGAUAAUCAGCACAUCUCAGAUCCAGCACAAUUCCAAGUUGAUGGCAUUGAUGCAUGGCAAAGGCACCGUCAAGGUCCAAGUCUUUCCUCUUUCUCUAGUAGCCUAGCGUUGUCAGUUUUGGGUGCUCUAUCCUCUGCAUGUAUCGAUAGAUAGAAGAUGUUUCGCCGUUCACUGCCCCGUUUCAAGUCUCUGACUAACCUGGCGACACUCAAGGUCCAUGGGCCGGAUGGCAAGGGCAUCGUGGCGGCCUGUUGCAAUCUCUUGGACCGCAAAGGCUAUGAAAUUGUCGGAAGUGAGCAUUGGACGGAUCGGAUUGAAAACCUGAUUUUCCUCCGCAUUGCUUUUGACAAGGAACCUCAAAUUGCCAGUAGUGGUGGCCUGUUGGAUCGAUGCCAGAAUGCCGUGGAGACGGCCGAUGCGACAGAACAAGCCUUGCAACAGCUGUGUAGAGACCGAGACUUGGCGUUCCAACUGAAUUGGCGCCAAGAGCGAGCCAAGGUGGCCAUUAUGGUCUCCAAAUACGAUCACUGUCUCUGGGAAUUGCUACUAAGGCACGAAGCAGACGAACUCGACUGUGACAUUGUCGGCAUUCUUUCCAAUCACGACAAUCUGCGACCCGUCGCCGAGACGUUUGGAAUUCCGUACCAUCUCUUUCCCAUUACCAAGCAAAACAAACGCGAACAAGAACGACACGAAAUUCAACUACUAAAGGACGUCCUCCAAGCCAAUGUCGUGGUGUUGGCACGGUACAUGCAAAUUUUCACGCAACACUUUUUGCAAGCAUUUCCCAAUUCCAUCAUCAAUAUACAUCAUUCCUUUUUACCGGCGUUUCAGGGAAGUAGACCUCAUCAUGCCGCGUUUGAACGGGGCGUCAAACUCAUUGGAGCCACGGCACAUUAUGCUACGGCAGAUUUGGACGAAGGACCCAUUAUUGAACAAGAUGUGAUUAGUGUGACGCAUCGAGACGGAGUCGAUGGAUUGAUACAAAAGGGAAGAAUACUGGAACGAAAUGUGCUCGCCAGAGCCUUGCAAGCACAUCUUGACGACCGGGUCAUUGUUUACAACAAUAAAUGCGUCGUCUUUGGGGAUUAGUCUAGCUAAAAAGGCUGCAUGAGUGCCUUUUUGGAAACUUACUUGACCAACGAACUGGUUGACUCGACUCUGCGCGGUACGGUACAUCCACGAGUGUCUGAUAUGUAGCUAUCUCUACUAACGGUAGUAUGGAAUGAAUGUGUCAUCAACAUUCGGCACAAUUAAAGGGCCACGGCAACCGGGACGUUCGUAGCAACAAAACCAUAGAGAAUUCGUUCUUGGAACCCAGUUCGAUCGAACUCCCACAGCGAUUUGCCCAGGAACUCAAGAUUGAGUCUAGCAUUCCAUGUCCUCGCCUCCACUGCUCUGUUCUGUUCUGCCACCAGUCAACGCACCGGAACAGCAGGUGCGGGUGUCCUUGGGACCAUAGUUGCAGUCUAUCUGAUGGAUGCCGUUGAUGUGCUGCACAGCGAAGAAGCAUCGGUGUAUUCACGCCAAGGAUACUGCCGCCAUUUUCAAGGCGUCGAGUGACAGUCUCUGGAUCGAGUGGACUUGGGUAAACUCUUUGCUUGCUAGCGAUAGCCAUGAACCGUUAUCUGACAUGGCAAGGUCGCAACUGAAGAAAGG